AUGAGUCAAAAUGCCAGCAUCGAAGAUACCUUGAAGCGUUUGGAUUGGCUAGAAGAUUACAGUGAAUUGAAUGCUAAUGCCAAGGAUCAAAUCAGAACUCUUAGAAUGCACCUAAGAUUUCUGAAGAUGUUUCUUGUAUCAGUAGCAAAGUUGUCGGCCGAGGACAUGAAUGACUUCAUGAGUCGUGUCCAGAAAUCGGUCCAAAAUGUUAGAGAUGGACUUUGUGAUGAAAAUAGAGCCGUCAAUUUGGAGAAACUGAUUUCUGGUUUGGUUCAGGAAAUCAAGGAACUCAUACCGGAUAUCACAAAAUAUUACAUCGAUCUUUCGCAGUUGGAGACUACGAUGAGCAAUGGAUGUCGGGUGGAACUUGUCAACUCUCUGUUAAAGAAUCUGAUGGAUCUGAUAAAAUACAAGACUGGUCUGACUGUCGUUUCCCUACAACAAAUUGAGGCACUUGAGGUGAAGUUUCGGUUUCUGAGAAAUUUUGUUUGGUUCAGCUCCAUAAACUGCAUCAACCAUCCGAAUAUACAAGAUCUAUUAGCACUAAUUGAAGUAGUGUCUAGCACUGUGGCAUGUCUAUCAUUUCAGUGCCUUUUUGAGGAUGAAAUCGACGAGGAUAUGGAGAAAAAGAUGAAAGCAAAGUUCUCUCAGGUACUGUGGACAAUUGAGCUGAUUCGGCCAGGGAUGAGAGAUGCAUAUAUCAACAGCCUCAAGGAUCUACCAUCGCGACUGGAUAGCAAUAGUACCAUGGUAAAUGAAGUUGUCAUGGGAUUUCUCCGCUCUUUCCUCGAUGAUGUGGAGGAGCUCCUAAGGUACAAAUCAAUUCUGAACGCUUCUGCAGAAAUUCAAUUGCAAAACCUUAGGGAAGAGUUGAAAUUUCUGAUAGCUUUACUGAUGGAUCAUGCCAUGCAAGACGAUAUCUUGGCACACACAGAAGCUGUGGCCAGAAAGACUGCUCCUGUGAUCCACUUGCUUCUGGUUAGCACAAAGGAUGACGGUGCUAUCAACGAAGUCGUUCUGUACGAAUUACAUGACCUGUUGAAUGAAAUCAAUCUUGUGAAGAAAGAGAUGAGGAAGGCGUGCCCUGAUCCCUCGGAAUCAAUGAGAUCAAACUUCCCGAUGAAGAAAAAUGCAUCGGUCCUAAUUGAUUUUGUUUUAAGAGCUCUCACAGAGAUUCUUAGCUACAAGACAGAGUCAAUUGCUUUAGUUAGGCAUCAAGUCAAAAUAGCAGAGGCUGAAUUAGUGUGCCUGAAAAUUUUACUUGACGACAAACUUCUUGAGCUGGAGGCCAAUGAAGAAGAGGAUCUCCAAAUGGCGGUCACUGAUGUAGUGCACGAGGCAAAACAUGCUAUCGGCUCAUUUAUCAUACGGGAACGCCCUCUUUGGUAUUGUAUGUUACAACUGUCUGAUGCCAUAAAGAAGAUUCGGAGUGUUAAUCAUAAGCUGUCUGCUCCUUUCGGCGAGACUGUUGAGAUUGGGGUGGAUGCUGAUGCACAGAGUUCGGAUUCAUUGUCAUCAGUAUCUACAAUUCAAGUGUACAAAAUGGAAGUGACCGGUGAGGACAGGAAUACUGAGGCUGAAGAACUCAAAAGGAGGCUUAAUACAGGAUCCGCUCGACUAGCUGUUAUCUCAGUUGUUGUGACGUCAAAGCAAAAUGUCACCUUUGUUAGAGAAGAAGUCUUCUAUGAUCGCACCACUGUUGGUCAUUUUCAAGUUUGCGCAUGGAUUAAUGUUCGACAAGAAGAUGAUAAACGAGCACUGCUGAUUGACAUUUUGAUCCGUAUUGUCAAAGAUGCUGAGUUUGCUCGAUCAGUUAAUCAGCUAAGUGAGAAAGAGGCUGCAAAAGAAAUGGACAAAUGUUUGCAGAAAGUCAGGUACCUUAUUGUGUUGGAUAAUACGUUGUCCACGGGGACAUGGGAUACCAUAAGUGGCUGUUUUCAAAAUAACAACAAUGGAAGUAGGAUUCUUUUUAUCAGUUUCUAG